GGGGGAGAGCACAGAGGUUUUGAGUGAAAAAAAAAAUGCAGAAGGCAUGGCUUUACAAGGAGUACGGUCCGAAAGAGGUCCUAAAGCUGGAAGACUUUCCCUUCCCAACCACUCUUCUACAUAACCAACUGCUCGUGCAAGUCCGAGCUGCCGCUUUGAAUCCUAUCGAUUCCAAGAUGCGCCAGCGUCCUAUAUUCCCCACCGAUUUCCCUGUGGUUCCCGGGUGCGACAUGGCUGGGACUGUGGUCGCCAAAGGCGACGGCGUGUCUAAAUUUGAAAUCGGCAACGAGGUUUAUGGCAACAUUCAGGACUUCAAUGCCCCUGGCCCACUUAAGCAGCUAGGAACGCUGGCCGAGUACAUUGUGGUUGAGGAAAGCUUGGUAGCUUCAAAGCCUGCUAAUCUGACAUUUGAGGAAGCAGCCAGCUUGCCGCUGGCUGUUCAGACUGCUAUUGAAGGCUUUGAAACAGCUGAGUUCAAGGAGGGCCAGAGCAUUUUUGUGGUCGGCGGUGCAGGCGGUGUUGGAACCUUGGUUGUUCAGCUAGCCAAGCAUUUCUAUGGUGCUUCUCACAUCGCUGCGACAACAAGCACUCCGAAGGUGGAUUUCGUUAAGAGCUUGGGAGCAGAUACCGUCUUCGAUUAUACCAAGAUCAAAUAUGAAGAGAUCACUGAAAAAUUUGACAUCCUCUAUGACACCAUUGGGGAUUGCAAGAACUCGUUCGUAGUGGCGAAAGAUGAGGCUCCGAUCAUCGACAUAACAUGGCCACUGACGCAUCCAAGGGCAAUCUAUUCGAGCUUGACUGUUAGCGGGGACAAUCUAGAGAAGCUCAGGCCAUACUUAGAGACUGGGAAGCUGAAGGCUGUGAUCGAUCCCAGUGGCCCAUAUCAUUUUAAGGACGUGAUCGAAGCUUUCCGAUAUUUGGAGACCGGGCGAGCUAGAGGGAAAGUGGUAAUCUCUCCCUUCCCUUCUUGGGCCUCACCUAGCUACGUUCCACGUGAGAAUAACAUUGCAACUGAAAUGGUUGCUCUAAAUGCAACCGUUUAUUGACUCGGUGAACCGUACGCAUGCACACAGAAACUGGAGUUAUUCAAUCCACUGUAUUAUUUCUAAUAGCCAAUGGUUGUAAAAUGCGGGAAUCUAUGCUCUAUAUCGCUUCUAAUAGGAGAAUAUGGUAGUGUAUUGUAUCUAUUCGUAAUGUAUGACUCGCGAUUGGAUACUGA